CCUGACCUUGUCCAGCUCACAUCGUCCAAUUGGUCCUCGUCGAUAUCACAGGGUUCGUGGCUCAUCGAGUUCUACUCGCCCUACUGCACGCCCUGCAAGGCAUUCCUGCCCCUCUGGGCAGAGCUGGUCAAGAACAAGGCAACUCUCGCCAGCGACGAUCCCGCAGCUCCCUUUCGUCUAGCGCAGGUCAAUUGUCAUGCUCAGGGAGACCUCUGCGUACAGGAAGGGGUCCCUCACUUCCCCCGGCUCAGUCUUUACAAGGAUGGCAAGAUGGCUCAGAGCGAGUACCAAGGCAACAGAGAGUAUACCGAGCUCGCCGCCUGGAUCGACGAAGAGGUCAAAGACUACCGGCAGAGCAAAGGCAGUACGGGCGCAGCU